GCGACUCAUGUUGAGCUGUACACGCAUCUAGCGCUUAGUUUCAGGAUCCGAGCGCAGACACCGAGAUUCACAAUUUGGAUUUUGACAGUCUUGGAGAAUUCAAUGCUGAAGACUCAAGUAUUGGUGUAGUUGAAAUGCGGGCCUGACACCUCCACAUUCAUUACUCUUCAGCAAAUUUGUCCGCCUCCCUUCUGGAUGACCGGUGCAGUGAUGGAGAGCAUUGUGAUUCUCGAUGAUGAUGAUGAUGAAGCUGCUUCCUCAUCUACGUCUUGUUCUAAAGCAAUGACCUUCCAGUCCAGAACGGCUCUGAAGAAACAACUGCCACAGCCAACACACAUCACACAAUCUCCGUUUGCCACUGCAAAGAAAGACGCCCAUGUCCUACAAGCGGAGAAUGAGAAAUUGUUUGCAGAGUUUGUUGAACAUUGCUCCAAACACUCGCAAGAUCAUCCAGAGGUCGUGGCCUAUCUUCAGUCCAGAUACUCCAAGGCUCUGCCGACCUUUUUGUCAUCUGUGGAGUUUCGUAACACUCUAGGCCGCUGCCUCACGCGAGCUCAGGCGAACGUAGGCAAAACCUUCGUCUACAUCAACGAACUCUGCACAGUUCUUAAACAGCAUACAGCUAGGAAGAGAAGCUCCAUACAAUCCCUCCCUUCCAAAGGAAAAACUGAGGACAAGAGCAAUGGAAGUGGUAUAGAGGAAGAACUGGUUAAAAAAGAGGAGGAAACACAAGAAGAGGCAGCAGAAACACAGAAAACUAAAAGGGCUUCCCGGAGACAGAUAGCAUACUUGGAAAACCUGUUGAAGGUGUAUAAUGAGGAGAUCAGACGGCUUCAAGAGAGAGAGUUGAGUGUUGAAGAUCUUGAGAAAGAAGAUUCUAGUUAUAUUCAAGAACACAAACUCAAACGGAAAAUGAUGAAGAUCUAUGAUAAACUGUGUGAGCUGAAGGGCUGCAACACGCUGACAGGUCGAGUAAUCGAGCAGAAGAUCACCUACACCGGAACACGCUACCCAGAGAUCAACAAAAAGAUCGAGCGUUACAUUAACAGUCAAGAAGUUCUUCAUAAUCCUCCGGACUACUCUGAUAUCCUGAAGGUGGUGCAGCGUGCCAACGACCGCUACAAUAUCCUGCUCUCCCGUAAACAGUUAAUACAAAUCGCUCAAGACGCCUUCCGAGAGACGGGCAACAAACUGCAGGAGAGACGCCACCUUGACAUGGUCUACAACUUUGGCUCCCACCUCACAGAUUUCUACAAACCUACGUUAGACCCUGCCCUCACUGACACAGCACUGCAUCGCAAGCUUCGCUCCAAUAGAGACAUGGCAAUUAGCAGCCUGGAGAAUGUCAUCAACAAAUUCGCCAUUAAACAAGAAGACAUAGAGGUAGAGGAAAUUAGGAAAAAACAAGAGAGAGACAGACAGAAAAAAGAGGCACUUAAUGGACAGCAGAGUGACAGCAAAGAAAAAGAGACUGAGAAAAAUAAAGAGGAGCAGGAGGAGCAGGAGGAAGAAGAGGAGGAGGAAGAGGAUGAGGAAGAUGAUUCCUCUGAUCCAGACAUUGAAGAGGAGAUCCAAGCUAGCAAAGCACAAGUUGGGCCUGAUGAUGACGAAGAGGACAAUGAAGAGGAGCCAAUGAACAUCAGUGAUAAUGAACAGCAAAUCAAUGAUAACUCCCCUUCAUCAAUCAAAUCAUCUCUCCAGGACACCGAGGACGAUCAGGGUGAGGGUGAUGACCAACAGUCUCCUGUCAGCAGCACUCAUGAAGCAGAAUCUGCAGAAACAACCACAGAUGGCAGAAGUGCUAAAGAAAGCACCCAGUCCCCAGCCGGCAUCAGUCAUUCAGAGGUAGUGGACUCCCCAGCAGGCAUCAGUCAUUCAGAGGUAGUGGACUCCCCAGCAGGCAUCAGUCAUUCAGAGGUAGUGGACUCCCCAGCAGGCAUCAGUCAUUCAGAGGUAGUGGACUCUCCAGCAGGCAUCAGUCAUUUAGAGGUAGUGGACUCCCCAGCAGGCAUCAGUCAUUCAGAGGUAGUGGACUCUUUACCUAUCAAAAAAACAGAUCCUAUUUCCUAUAAUCAUUGUUCACCUAAAAGCACCAGUACCUGCACUGAGACCAUUUCCAUCAAUCAGGACUCUACUAUACUCAUGAGAUCGGCCACUUGCAGUCCUCUGCCUCCAAGCCCUGUGCUUAUAGACGAGAUGGGUCAGUAUAAGAAGAGGAAACGUACCACGUAUGAAAAACAAACUACAAUCUACAAUGGGAAUGGCAAACAGGACAGUGGCGGUGAUUGUGAUAUUCCUCUGGAUAUGGGUGUGAGCUGCAGCCCAGAGCAGGUGGAUUUAACCAGAGUGAGGACACCUCCGCCUAAGAAACAUAAGGUGAAUGUGGCGACUCAGUGCGACCCAGAGGAAGUGAUUGUUCUGUCUGAUUCGGACUGAGCUCCACCAUAGUGUAAUGAACUGGCAUCUUAAUCCGUUAGCUGUUCCUGCUCCAACAGUGCCUGCCAAUGUGAACAUUUAAACUAUUUCGCUUUUUUUUUUGGACUCAGUUGGCUUUUGAACAACACUUACUUGCAAUGCCACUGUUCGCUUUUUAUACAAGAAAAAAUGGCAUGUUAUUAUUCAUUCAGGCUCUUUUUAGAGGUAUUUUUGUAAAUUGUACAUGGGAAUAUUCUUAUUCCAAGGAUUUAUCAUGUAUAUUUAUGGUUUUGGUUUAUGCCAAGAGUCAUGAGGGGAAGUGAACUUUCCCUUAUCAAGUCAAUA